AUCAACAAGCCACUAUUUGGAAGCAGUUUGAUAAACACUCGCUGUUCCUAAUUUUUUCUCGCUCCUUUUUCAGCAGUUUCACUCCAGGCAAGUCUUUGUAAAUCGAAAAAGACGUCGCUACUGUUUUACAAGGUUCCUUUUUGAUAAACAACUGAGUUAAAGACAUUUUCUCGUUAAUUUGGCCGCUGUUAAUCUGAGCUAACCUUGCCUAUCUUCUUUUUUGGCAACCAUUUUAAUUUUAUGACAAGAUCUAGUUACCUAAAACUGCCAUUAACGAUAAAGAUUUUUUUUCAAGGGUCAAAACAACCUUUCCGAAAAGGAAUUUGCGAUUAAGCUACCUUCACUUGGCUUUAUAGAAAAACCCUUUUUUUAAAGAGCUUUUAAAACCACUUGAGUCUGUAACGAUACCCAAGCAUUUAACUUUUAAAUAGCCCGUUUUUGCAUCGCAGAAGUCGCUCGUCUUGCCUUGAAAUAAUCCGAAAAGAGCCACCUGAGUCAAGGAAGCAAGAGGGAAGCCAGUGCAGGACCAGAAGCAGCUUGUGUGCACAGCCACGGGAUCCCCUCCUCGGAUUGUUUCAUUAUAAUCAGUGUUAUUGUUGAAAAUGGCCGCGGUCGGAAUGCUGCAGUUGUUGAUUGAAGCUGCUGAAUUCCUUGACCGCAGGGAAAGAGAAGCUGAACAUGGCUAUGCCUCAAUCCCACCCUUCAUCAGCAGUCAAGAGAGGGAGAGCUUGAAAAGGAAAAGCAAAAGCAAGAAAAACACAAGUAGCAGGUCUACGCACAAUGAAAUGGAAAAAAACAGACGAGCACAUCUACGGCUGUGUUUAGAGAGAUUGAAAUCCCUCGUUCCGUUGGGACCAGACGCGAGCCGGCACACCACACUGAGCCUGCUCAUGAAGGCCAAAGACCACAUCAAGAGGUUGGAGGAGAGCGAUCGGCGAGCACAGCACACUUUAGAGCAGCUUCAGCGAGAGCAGCGACAUCUGAGGAGACGCUUGGAGCAGCUGGGGGUGGAGCGCACCCGCAUGGACAGCACCGGCUCCACCCCGGCCUCAGACAAGUCCGACUCCGACCAGGAGGACCUGGACGUGGACGUGGAGGGCACAGACUUCCUGCUGGGUGACCUGGAGUGGAGCACCUCUAGCGUGAGUGACUCAGGGGACGAGAGAGGCAGCCUCCGGAGCAGCUGUAGCGAUGAGGGCUACUCCAGCGCCAGCCUGCCCCACCUGCAGAACGCUCCGGACAGGCUCAAGCCGCUCCUGCUCACCUCCUAAUCCCAAAUAAAGCACCUAAACAGCGCCCCCUACGGCCUCAUCCCGCACCCCUCCAGGAUCGACCAAGCAUACAAGUCGUCACACACACAAACUUCCAUCCAGAUUUUGAGACACCCGCGAUGUUAAUUUCGUAUGGUGUCACCCACUCUGCUACAAACCAAUCAAAACGAGUGGGAUUUCGAAGACACUCCAUUGGUCGCUUCUUCUUCGCCUCCCUCCCAUCUCAUCCGUCCUCCGAUAAUACAACACAACUUUCAGCCAGAGAAUGUUACCACACAAUAUCCCACUGCCUCUUUUUGUACGCCUCAAGAGCCAUGGGAAGUUUCACCGUGGUCGUAAACACGCACACACGCGCACUCACGAAAAAAACAUCUCGGAGACAGUUUACCCAAAGUUCAAUCACGCAUCUGUGCAUGGGACUUUUGCACUUUUGUAAAACGUCAUCUUUUACUACACUGUCUCUUUAAAAAAAAAAACUCGCCGCGCUAAACGUUACCAAACUUAUGGCGCCAUUUUGUGAGUCUCGUGUGGACAAUAAGCUAGACUGUUGACAGCAAUACGUCCCCUUAGUACAAAGCCUGACAGUUCGGGCAACCAACUCACUACCCUCCCUCCAUGUAAAUGUCCACACAUGCUACUCAAAAGCAAAAAACAGAAAAACAGAAAAAACUUUAAAAAAUAUCUGUGCAGCAUGAGAUUGUGAAGGGACUAGGGGGGAUUUGGGGGUAGAAUUUAUUUUAUUUCCUCUCUCUGAAGACUGUGGCGCUCAUCCGAAACACCAGUGUAUGUCCUUUGCUCACCUCUCGGCCUUUAGCGGCGACAAGGGUACAACAAAUGGUCGCCCCGGGUUACUUGUUUGUAUUUAUGGGCAGGUGCUUUCGCUGUCCGCUACAUGAGCUAACUGACAAGAGAACAGUCAAAAGACACAUUCCACUAAAGCCUCGGUACUACAAGUGUGACGGCAUGCUUCAGGUUAGUAUGGCUUAAUUCCCCUUUUACUUCAAUUUCAGUUUGUGAAAGGCAACCAACGAAGUAUGUAGCCAGUUUAUGUAGCUAAAAUUAGCACUCAGCUCAACUCACAAACUCAGUAGGUCUAUUGGGUUGUAGUGGUAAGCGCCUACAAUAUGAGAUUUCUGACAGGAGCAGACCAAAACAAUUAAACAUAUUGUUAUAUCAUAUUUAUUCAAUUACUUGUGCUCAGUUUUUAAUACUUCUGAAAUUAUUUUACAAACCUCUUAUGUGCCAGUAUAUAUGUUACAUUCACAUACAGCUUACUUUUCCAAAUCACGCCAUUCUAGUGAACCAUCUCGUCACACUUGUUGAAUCUUUGGCUUUUUUUAAAGGAAAAGGCAGGUGCAUUAUUACUGUUGGAUGUACUUCCUGCCUGAAAUGGGUUGGUGAGAGUCGGGACAAAGAGCUAACUGGGCUUUAUGGAACAAACCUGCACAGGACGUCAUGAAAUAUAUCCUCCUCUGUGCGUUUGCAUUUCAAAAGCCACUACAGAUGUCAUAUUCUAUCUAUCCAUGACUUGCCUUCGUGAUAGCUAUUUAUUGUUUUAGCAAAAGAGAAAGUUUAAUGUAAAUAGUUGAAAGAAAGAGAGAACUCUAUGUCUAUCAACAAAUGUAUUUAUUAGCAACACUAAAUAUAUAGAAGAUAUCUAUUUAAUUAGUUAUAGCUUACGUUCUUGUGCGGUUGUGGAGAGGUUUUUCUAAAUGUACUUUUUAUGUUUGCACAGCCUAGUCGAAUAUUUAGACUGUCUACAAUUGUGCCUCCUGGCUUUGCUGUAUGUUCACGAUUCAACAUGGUGCUCCUAUUUACAAAAAAUGAAUGGUUUUCUUUGUGGUUGAUUGAUUUUUAUUUUCAGACGUAUCCUGUCUCUAAUCGAAUAGGGUAAAAAAAAACUACAUAAGUUAGAAAAUGUGAAUUAAAAAAUAUAAAAGAGGAAGAGACAAGCUAGUGAUGCAAAUUGGGAAGGUGAUGCAAAAUGCCUGAAUUGAGGUAGAUUUGAAUGAACAACCUUAUAUUUCCAACAUUAGCCAGUCUCUAGCGCAUGAAGAUGAUACACCAAAAAAAGAUAAAAAAUAUACAUUAUAUCAAAAUCUUUAUAAAUAGGAUUGUUUAGUUGUUUAGGGUGAAUUUGCUGCUUUUUUUUUCUUCAAAAUGUGUAGCCACACUAGUUCCGAACACUACCGGCAAAAUGUAUUGACGCGGGUGGGCAGGUGUCUUCAAAAAGAUCAUUUUUAUAGCCCAUCCUUGUUUCGUCACUGUCCUCAGAGAGAUAAAUUCAGGGGUAAAAAUAUGGAAAAAAUGUUGCUUAGGCGGGGGAAAUGGAAACAAGAAUAUAAUGUGUUUUUUUGUUUUGUUUUGUUUUUUAAAAAGCAAAAAAGUCCACUCAAACACGUCAUGUGAAAGCGUUAAGUGUUGUGCGUGGGUUUUUUGUUUGUCCAUCUACAGUCCGUCUUCCGCCUGUGAAUGAAAGGGUUGAAUGCGUGCGUGGUUGUUCCUCCCACUCGCGCUGCCUGGGCUCCAACUGCGCAGGCACCAAAUAGGGACAUAAAAAGACCAGUUUUCACCAAGCAAAGUGGUACAGUUAAGUUCUGCAUGGGCACUUGUUAACCUUUAAGGGCGGAGACAUCAGUUAUCAGAGUAUUAAGCCUUCAUUUAAAGUGCAUAUGACAGGUUAGAUGACUAAUUUCACUAAAACAUUAAUCAUUACUAAUCAUUAUAUUCAAUUUGACACACACAGACACAAAAAGCCUAUUUCUUUCUAUUCUAUCCAUCUAUUAUUUUGAAUGAAGUUUAUCAUUGACUUCCUGGCAGCAGAUACGACGUGUUUAGAGGUAAUUCCGUAACUGUUACCUAGCAACCAUAAUGGGCCAAAACAUCUGAAUCGCACAAUAGUUAUAAUUAGACAAAUAAAAAUAAAUGACACCACCUUUAUUUUGCAGAAGGCUUAACUGCCAUAAAAAUAUGUUCCGUGUCCGUGCAUUUUAGAUGGGAUUUUCAGAUUAGUUGAUGACAUAUUUAGAGGUUUUUCGCUUUAGAAUGCUACUUCCUGUGUUUUUCUACUUUUCUUCUCAAUUUUCUUUGUACAAACCAAACCAGUAAUAAUUAGAAAAACACGAAAAUAUCUUAUGCAAUUUAAAUACUAUCAAAGAGACCCUAACCAGCCUAACAUUUGACCAAUAUUUUAAAAUAAUGGUGUAAUUGAAGUUUGCAUUUUAUUUUUGAUUCUUUUGCUCUCGCUGUAAAUUUCAUCUUAAGUUGAUAUUUUUCAGGCAUUGGAAACGCAUAAAAAAACUGAACUGUACCACAUUGCUUGUUGUUACAACCCACUGCACGGACUUUGGUGCUGUUAACAUCUGUCUCUUUGAAGCAGGUGUGGAAACCUCCAGUAACAAACAGGCACUGGCAGACUCGCUUUUUUUUUUACCAUCAGGGCGUCUUGCGUUUCAAAAUCUUUAUUCAUUUUCAUAGCAUAGCAUUAUAACACAAAGUGGCUAUUUAUACCUUAAGACACCAUCUAUGAGAUUUAAAGAACCCAAAUUUCGAGGAAAAAUUACUUACUUUAUUCACCAAAAUUGUGCUUAUCUUUAUCAGAAACUUAAUUUAUUCCCCAUUAUAGAACAAUAUCAGCAUUUCAGGCAUUCAAAUGUACUUAUUUUAAAAGUAUUUCUAUUUAUCUUGCUACUACUAGUACACACUGGCAACAUUUGGUGAAUUGUUAUUGUUCUUAGAAAUCGAGAUAUAGUUAUUCAUAUUUAUUUACAUCUGACACAGUGUCCAAACAUUUUUUUAGAAAUUGCACUUGUAUGAACAUUGACAAAUUAUAUGUCAUUCCCGUUCAUUUUCAUCUUGUCUCAGGCGUGGUGCAUUACACUACUUCAUACUACUACUACUACAAGUACUACAUACACACAGCAUUGUCCAUAAUCGCCUCCAAUGAUCCGAAUGUCUGAAUGUUGAACAAUAACUUAAAGGUGGACGUUUUGUGCACUUAUUUUUUAAGAAUUGGAAGAGUUUGAACAGGUAAAAAGAAAAAUGUCACGGGGUGAAAGAAAAAAACCCCUGGAAACAACUUGUGGAAUGCAAGGAAGAAUGCAGUUUAUAUACUUGCCAGUCAUAUUACAGAAAUAAACAUUUGAAACCCUUGUUUACCA